UUGGACGAACCAAUCUCAUCUCGGCCUUCUCUAUCACUCCUCACAAUCAAUCAAAUAGAUGGAAACUGUGACAGAGAACUUUAUCACUACAGUGUUACUUUAGCAUUUUCUCAGAAAAAAACAAAACGUUGUCUGGUGGUGCGCGCAGGUUCAUUAGUCUUUCUUGCUUUUCGGGCAAGGAAAAGAAAGAAAAAAAAAAUCAAAAGAAAAAAGAAGAUAAUAAAAGAAAAAGGAAAAAUAACAAAUGACAGGGAGCCUUUCGAUGACCGCCGACUUAACUUGCACCGUCAACGCCAUAUCUAUUUUUUGACAGAUCAACGGCGUCGUAUCUCUCUAACUGUUCCUCUUCUCUCUAGUUAGGGUUUCUUCUUCUCUCUAAGGCGAGAAACGAACCUCACAAGUUAUACAUGUUUUUAAUUGUUGUAUCAUCUGCAGGAACAGAGCUACUCAAGACUGUGGAAUAAAUAACAGUGGCUCUACUUCUUUGCAUUUUGUGACGCUCGUAUAGAAGAGGAACAUUUUCAGGAUGCUAACUAACUGCAGUACUAGGGCUUGCCGAUCAUCACCGAUGUCAUUGUCUUUAUAAAACUGGUAGAAAUGGAAGCCAAGAACGUAAAGGUAUUGGGUAGUACUCAUAGAGUUAUGCUCGGUCUGAAAAGAAAAAGAGCAUCCCGUUGUGCAGCAUAUUUUGCUGGAGCUUCUCACAUUAUGUCACCUGAGUGGCCCAAUUUGAAUUUUUCAAAAUAUAAGCUUGGGAAACGGAGGAGACUAGCUAGAAGCCAGAGCAAGCAUGUGAGCUGUGGAUAUCAUUUUAGAAGAUCUUUGCUCCGGUGCUAUUCAAAUUUUAUGAGGACUGGGGUGCCAAACCGUCUUAUGUUUUAUCAGAAUGGUCAAUGGAAUGAUUUUCCUCUAGAUCUUGUUGCGUUAGUCCAAAAUGAGCUUCAAAACAAGAAACCGGCUAUUGAGGUUGAAUUAGAGGGUCACCGUUAUGUGCUUGAUUUCUUACAUAUGUUUCGAAUGGACAUGAAGACAGGUUUACAACAACCAAUGGCUUGGAUUGAUGAGGCAGGUGGCUGCUUCUUUCCCGAAAUUUAUGUUGAUGAUCAGGAGCUGCUUAACUGCUGCCAGCAUAAUUGUGUGGAUGACCAACGGCAUAUUUUCCCGGAGUCUUAUGGGCCACAUGAGAUCAAGGUGCAGGUUGAAAUUGACAUAAAUGGAGUGGACGAAUCCAAUUUGAAGGAGUGUAGUGGAGAGUCAAAUGCUAUUGUCAAACAUUUUCAAAUUGCCCAAAAACCUAUGAGUGACAGCGACUAUCAUGUUGCAGAAGUUGAGGAUAGUUGCAACAGGAAACUUGAAGAAAAAAUUGAUGAAGCUGUUGAGGAAAAUCAACAUAAUAAAACAAAUAGAUCAACUGAAAAUGACUCUGUUGAUGUAAAGUUAGAUUUUGAUAGUGUAAGGAAAAUGUUUCUUACAGGCAUGAGCUCUUUUGGUGGUGCUGACAUUCUUGAUAUGCAGCGUUGUUCUAGUACUUCAAUGCAUGCCCGAUUGGAGCUUUUCCAAAAGCAGAUUGAGCUAACAAAAAAAUGCCGUGGUGACGCAAAUGUUAGAUAUGCUUGGCUUGCUUCUUCCAAAAGGUUACUCUCUACAGUCAUGUUUUGUGGACUUGGGCAUUGUGGAUCAUCUAUAACCAAGUCAAAAUAUGGCAUUGGUGUUCAUCUUUCUGCAGCAAACUGCUGCGACACCAGUGCAAAGUUUUGUGAUGUUGACGAAAAUGGGUUGCAACACAUUUUAUUUUGUCGUGUAAUAAUGGGAAACAUGGAGCUCCUUGAGCCUGGGACUCAGCAGUGUUAUCCCAGCAGUGAGGACUUUGAUAGUGGUGUCGAUGAUCUUCAAAAUCCGGGACAGUAUAUAGUAUGGAAUAUGAAUAUGAACACCCAUAUUUAUCCAGAAUUUGUUGUUAGUUUCAAAGUCUCGUCUAAUGCUGAAGGCUUUUCGAUUGGAAGUGAUAUUAAGCAUGCUGUUUCUGGUAUUACUACAUCUUCACAAGGUGCUCUGCGAAAUUUGCCGAUGGAGUCCUCUACAGUUGAUCUGAAUCAGCCAAUAGAAUCCACUGCAGUUGAUUUGAAUCCAACUAUGGAAUCAGCCAAUGGAAGUGAGAGUCAACCAGUUUCAGAAUGUGGGGGAUCUCUGGGAAAAGCAUCAAGUCUUGGUUCAAGCAACACAAGGACUCCUAAAUCACCUUGGAUGCCUUUCCCUAUGUUGUUUGCUGCAAUCUCAAACAAAAUUCCUCGUAAAGAAAUGGAACUCGUAACUACAAAUUAUGAACUUUUCCAGGCCAAAAAGAUAAGCAGGGGAGAUUUUAUAAAAAGUUUGAGGUUGAUAGUUGGAGAUGCUUUGCUGAAGUCAACAAUAACAAGUCUUCAGUGCAAGGUACCAUUCAAGUGUGUGGUGGAAUCACCUAAGCCAACUGUAGAAGGGUCCAACGGUCCUUGAUCUAUCAAAGCAGCAUAUUUCGUUGGAUGUUUAGGUAAAACUCGUUCUGUACUUGCGUGCUUGAAUGCGUCGACAUGAUGUUGUGAAUAAUAUGUUGGAUAUGUUUAGGUUUAGGUUUAGUUAUAUCAAAACUGCUAGUUUCUUUUUUCUUUUUUCUUUUCCUGUUGCGACUUUUUUUCUUUUUUUCUUUUUCUGUUGCGACUUUCUGAAGUGAAAUAUUUCAGUUGAUGGAACACCUUGUAAUAGCGGAUACUGGUUAAGAUUUGGUGAUUUGGUAAUUUGUCUUCUAUCA